AGACAAAGGCUAGUUGCGGAUGUUAUACGUCGAGCCAUCGCUCAAAGCGGCAGCGUGUGUUUACUGACAAUAGAAAUUAUUCCCCGCUAAGUAUUGUGAGGAUGCAAAAAUACACGUCGAGCUGUGACGUUGAGUGAUGCGUUCCCGCGCGUCUGGCAUUGUCUGCCGGCUGAAAGAGAUUGCACAAUAUGAAAUACUUCAGUUUGAAUCGCGAGUGCCUCAUUGAAUACGGGAAACGCGACUGAGCCACGCUAUUCUCGAACUAAAAUAUUCAUAUAUCGUUCCCGGCGUAAAGCUAACGCGUUUCAAUCCGCAUUUCCGCGAUAUAAAAUAUUGGUAGACACCGACGGACUGACAACCAACGAAGCAGGCUGGCUGUGGUGCUGAACGAGUUGGUACCCUAACAGGAUUCACCAAGUCACCUAGUACGAUGAUUGAAACCCCUACAGCUGCACUUCUUACUCAGGGAGGUAAUGUAGUUCAUUUGACGGCAGACGUCUUAGCUCGGGUAUUUACUAACCCCCAACUCCUCUGGGUUCCUUUAACCAGUACCAGUCAUUUAGAAGCCGGAGUCAAAGCUCAGGGCGAGGGAAUAGCCAAGUUUGCUGGAGUCGCGGACCAUAUAACCUGCACGACAUUGCAUAAUCUAAACGAUGCUGCACCAUUGGGUCACUUAGAGUUAGACAAGGUGCCGCUGUGGACAAAAAGGGGCAAAAAAAUGAUUUGUGCUGACAGAUACAUGGACUUUAUGGAGCUGUUCAAACCCGAUAUCAUUUUGGCAGUUGCAGAUGGACGCACAUCACAUUGUGAGGGCUUCAAGAGGGUCCUGAAGGCUGUCAACAGAAGUAACAACAUGCUUGAUGUAUGUGUCAAGCGAUAUAAUUCUUCAAAGCAACUGCAACGAGGUUCAUUGAUAGGUGUUAUAGUAGGUGCCGGUCAUCAAAAGAAAUGCAUUGAAAGCAUUCAACACAUUCUGGAGCACAAGAACAGUUUGUCGGGAGUAGCUCUGCAGGGCAUUUUGGAUGGCACUGAAGAUUACACACAAGUGCCCGAUGACAUUGUGAUAUCUAUUUUUAAGAGAGUUAAUGAAGCCUUGCCUAAUGAGAUGGUUCGCGUUUUGGAAGGAUUUUGGAACCCAGCUGCAAUAAUGGCUGCAAUUGGCAAUGGAUAUGAUGUCUUUGACGGAUCUUACCCAGUCAAGUUGACCAAUGAAGGAUUUGCCUUGACGUUAAACUUCAAUGUUGACCAAAGACAUGAUGAAUUGUGUAUAUUAGAUUUAAAUGAUAGCAAAUAUAAAGAAGAUUUCAGUCCCCUUUUAAAGGGUUGCGAAUGCUUGGCCUGCAAGAAAUAUACGCGGGCGUACAUUCAACAUCUUCGAAAUACACGGGAAAUGCUGGCAUCUGUGCUGCUCAGCAUUCACAAUCUCCAUCACUUCGACCAGAUGUUCCACCACGCCCGUCGACAUAUUGCUGCAAGCACGUUUGACACAUUCCGACAUCACAUCACAAAACAGUACGAACUGUAUAAAGAAUCUCAAGUACACGAAACUGACGAUAUGACAGUUACAAGUGAAACUGACAGUACUGAAAUGAAGGCAGCGGCUGUGAAAAAGAUUCGGGUAACUGAUGAAGUUUCUAUUAGUGUAGCCAAUGGUAAUGCUUGAUAGUAUUUGUGUGUAUUGCGUAAAAG